CUUGUGUAUAGCUUAUUUUCUAUGACUCAACUCUGACGAAAACGAGGACAACUUGUAGAAAGCAGAAGGAUUUAGUAUUUUGUUUUUAAAUACCUAUGUACACUAACACGAACUAGCCUUGAGUGAAGAAACGAACAACUCCCAACUUAUACGACGACAUUAUAAACGUUCUAUGGUUGCUUUUUGUUUCUGUUUUGAAAGGCCAGAUAACAUACAUACAUACACAAUUAAGUUGGCAAAGCUGUGUUUUGUCGCACCUGAGUUUAACUGAGAUUAUAAAUACUCCAGUAUUUCGAGUGCUUCAUUGUUAAAUUCCAUCUCCUCAACUUCAUAAAAUCCUAGGUAAUUUUCAGCUUCAAUAAUGUGCAUGCUCUUUCUAUACCUUAACCCUAACCCAACACCUGACGGUUAUCUCAUGAUUGUCGCGAAUGUCAGAGACGAGUUUUACUAUCGCCCCACCCUUCCCUGCCAUGUCUGGAAUCAGGACCCACGGAUUGUGGGAGGUAUGGAUAUUGAAGAAGGCAGAAAAGGCGGGACAUGGUUCGCAAUAUCCAAUACAGGGAGAUUGGCAGCCUUGCUUAAUCUUAUGAAACCUUUGUCAGAAAUGACAGAAAAAAAGUUAAACAGAGGUUUUCUCUCGGUUCAGUGUCUACAGAGCCCUAAGGAUCCACUAAAGUAUCUGCAGCAACUACAAAAUGAAGCUCAUAACUAUUACGAUUUUCUGAUGGUAACAGCAGAAGUCAGUCCAUCAAAUGGUGUUCACGCCUACUGCUAUUGUAAUUGUUCCGAGAAACCACCUGUUGUUUUAGGCCCUGGCAUACAUGUUUUCGGAAACAACAGACCAGACAAGAAAUGGAAGAAAACUGAAUAUGGGGAGAAAGUAUUUCAUCACGUGAUAUCACGUAAUAAGACGAAAGAUAGCUUACUGAAAGAACUGUUUGCAAUGCUACAGGAUGAAACACUUCACUACCCUGAUUCCCAGCUUGAAAAUGAUGCAGCUGGUGUAUUUCCAGAUGCGAUUAACAAGUUGAGCUCCAUCUUUGUAAAAAUACCUGAUAGCCUUUUCGGUUCUAGAACGCACUCUAUUGUUUUGGUGGAUGCAAAAGGAAACGUGGAUUUCGUGGAGAGUAAUAUGCCGGAUAACGGUUGGAUAACAACUGGUCUGGAGGACUUCUCAGAUCCUAAGUAUUGGCUCACAUCUAGAAUACAGUUUCCAAUUCAAGAUAACAGUCAGUUCAUUUCGAAACUCUGACGUUAACUAGUUGAGAAACCUACUAUGUGAAGACUUCUUCAAACACCGACAGUUAGUUUUAUCAUAAAUUACCUUUAACACGGAACGCUUUCCACAAUCCAGUGAUUUAAUCGCUUUUUAAAAUUACAUAUCUUGUUUUUGUACACUCUUUGUUACUCUGUUAUUUUUUGUAUAACUUUUUAUCAUUUGCAGUAAUGCAAUUAAUAUCCAUGCUUCUUCAUUUUACUUAUUAGGUUUUCUUAAUAAAGUUA